CGAAAACUCAUCAAGCUUACCAAGAAAGCAACAUCCCAAAACCCAUCAAACUCAUCAAGAAAGUCGAGCAAACCAUCCAAAACCCUAAUCCCUCUACCAAAUGGGAAGCAGCCAAGCCGCCGUCUCUUUCCUGACGAAUCUUGCCCGCUCCGCCUUCGGGCUGGGCGUGGCGGCCACCGCCCUAUCCUCCUCCCUAUACACAGUCGACGGUGGCCAGCGUGCCGUCCUAUUCGACCGUUUCCGAGGCAUUCUCGACGACACCGUAGGCGAGGGAACCCAUUUCCUCAUCCCGUGGGUCCAGAAGCCUUACAUCUUCGACAUCCGCACGCGCCCUCACACCUUCUCCUCCAUCUCCGGCACCAAAGACCUUCAGAUGGUCAACCUCACACUCCGCGUCUUAUCCCGUCCUGAAAUCGGCAAGCUCCCUGUUAUUGUAAAGAACCUCGGCCUUGAGUACGAUGAGAAGGUUCUUCCGUCCAUAGGCAAUGAGGUCCUCAAGGCUGUCGUCGCGCAGUUCAACGCUGAUCAGCUCCUCACCGACCGUUCUCAGGUAUCCGCUCUCGUUCGUGACAGUCUCAUUCGCCGCGCCAAGGAUUUCAACAUUGUUCUCGAUGAUGUCGCCAUCACGCACCUCUCCUACGGCAGCGAGUUCUCGCGCGCGGUGGAGCAGAAGCAGGUGGCACAACAGGAGGCUGAGCGGUCCAAGUUCGUCGUGAUGAAGGCCGAGCAGGAGCGGCGGGCCGCGAUUAUCCGUGCCGAGGGAGAGAGCGAUGCGGCGAAGCUAAUCUCCGACGCUACUGCCUCGGCUGGAAUGGGGCUGAUUGAGCUCAGGAGGAUUGAAGCAUCCAGGGAAAUAGCCUCCACGCUGGCGAAGUCGCCAAAUGUUUCGUACUUGCCUGGUGGACAGAACCUUCUCAUGGCUCUCAAUCCUUCUCGAUGAUCGUGAUGAUGAUAAUGGGCUUAAUAAUGCAGUGACAUGAGAUGCUUGCAUCAAUUUGUUUUCUUGUUCCUUCCCGGGAGUAGUUAUCUUGAGUUUUUAGUGUCGACUCUAUUUCAUUAGUACAAUUAUAAUACUUGGAUUGUGUGCUUAAAUGUAAGUUGUCUUACCUAUAUCAUCAAUCCACCAAAAGUAUUUCAAUACAUGGUUCUGUUUCGUUUC